GUCCCAUUUGACAGGCACAUAUUGGAACACUGUACCGCGUCUUUACAUCGUGGGAGCUCCUGCUUUUACAUGGAUUAACAUAUUUGCCCACUUUCUGUCUUAGGCAAACUUAACUGAAACUAAAAUCAAUGUGGCACAUUAGAGGAAUUCUUUUCUAUCCCUUUAAACCUUCACCUUGAUACUUGAUCCAUCCGGAACUUCAUCCGAGCUUAUCACCGAUCGUCUCUUUACUUCCGAAUCAUGUCGUCUUUACAACCCCGCCGUCGGUCGAGGGCUAGAUUUGAAGAAGAAGAUGGCGAAGCAUCUUCAGAAACAGAUUCAUCAAAAAGACAAAGACAAUUCAGAAGUGGUACACUGAAAGAGGAGGAUGAAAACGAUGAAGAAAACCAAAACCACCAAAAUACUUCACGAAGAAACGCCUCACGAACGCUGCAUGGUCAGAAUAUCGAAGAAUUUCAGACGGGUGCCAUUGUACGAGUUCUAGUCGAAAACUUUGUUACAUACGAACAUGCCGAAUUCAAUCCCGGUCCCAAUCUCAAUAUGGUCAUUGGCCCAAAUGGUACUGGCAAGAGUUCGCUAGUCUGCGCCAUUUGUCUAGGCUUGGGGUUCCACCCGAGGCAUCUCGGUCGAGCUAGCAACGUUGGAGAAUUCGUGAAGCAUGGAAAGGAUACCGCUACAGUCGAGAUUGAAUUACAAAGCCCACCGAACCACCGAGUGAACCACGUCAUCCGUAUGCAGAUUCGAAAAGAAGAUAACAAAACGAAAUGGUGGGUCAACGGGAAGGACAGCACUCAUCAAGCCGUGAAGAGCCUCACGAAUGAUCUGCACAUCCAAAUCGAUAAUCUUUGCCAGUUUCUACCCCAAGAUAGGGUUGCCGAGUUUGCUGGUCUUACCCCCGUCCAACUUCUUCACGAAACACUUCGAGCGGCCGCCCCCGAACAGAUGACCGAGUGGCAUAAUCUGCUGAAAGAGCUCCACAGAAAACAAAAGGAGGUGAAGGAUAGACUUGACGCGUGUGCUGAGACCCUUAAGGGACACGAAUCACGUCAGCAGGGGUCUCAAGCCGAUGUUGAUAGGCUCCGUGAGAGAGAGGCAAUCCAGGAAAAGAUCCAAGACCUCCAAUGCGCCCGCGCUAUUGCUGAGUACAAUACGCUUCGUCGCGAGAUGGGUGAAGCGAAGCAGAGGAGGUCGGAUUUUACGAAGAAGUUACAGGAACUGGAACAUGCCUGUGGGCCUGCUUUGGAAGCGGUCAAUCGAAAGCAGGAAUACCGAAGUGAAAUCCAAAGAGUCGUUUCAGAGCGCAAGCAAAGGUUGGUCCAGGCCGUGACGGCAUGCCAACAAUCACUGAGGGCGGUUGAGACCCAAGAGGAGCGAAUAAAGCAUCUUCAAAACAAGAGGAAUGCGGAGGAGACUUCUCAUACUUCCAAACGGGCCGAUAUUGCGCGGAUACGCAGAACAGUUACAGAGCUUGAAGCCAAGCUUCAGAAUAAGCCUAACGAGUUCAUUGGCGCUGAAUGGAACCAAAAGAUUCGUGAACAAGAGCACAUGUUACGCGACAAUGAGGCAGAAAAGCGUACGCUCCGUGGCCAGUUUGAUGAAUUGAAAGAACUGAACAGAAGGAAAAACGAAGAGAAGAAUCAGUUCAUGCGUGAUCUAACGGCCCUCGACUCCCAAGAAGGCCAAAAAUUUGCUUUUCUGAAAAGGACCAAUCCGGACGCUGCGAAGGGCUGGGAAUGGCUUCAGGAACACCAAGAUGAGUUUGAAAAAGAGGUAUUUGGCCCACCAAUGUUGAACUGUUCGAUCACGGAUCAGCGGUACUCGGACCAAAUCCAAUCACUCUUGGCAGUGGACGAUUUCCUCUGCUUUUCUUGCCAGACUGCAAAUGAUCACAAGAAGCUAAGCACGAAAUUUUUCAAGGAUUUAGGAAUAUCUGUGAGUAUCAGGACGUGUGGGAAUGCUUUCGCUUCGUUCCGGCCAGCAGUUCCCAAAGAAGAAUUGCGCCAAAUGGGUCUUGAUGGAUAUGCUAUCGAGUAUAUCGAAGGUCCAGAGCCUGUCCUUGCAAUGCUCUGCUCGGAGAAGAGGUUACAUGCUUCCGCGGUCGCUCUUAGAGAAAUCAGCAAUGAUCAAUACGAACGCAUAAUAGGAAGCGAGAAGAUCCCUAGCUUUGCCAUAGGCAAAUCAAUAUAUCGUGUUACAAGACGCAGGGAAUAUGGCAGCGGCGCGGUCUCCACCAGUACAAGAAGGAUCAACCAAGGUCGCUUCUGGACCGAUCAGCCCGUUGACAACGCCGAUAGGGUUCGAUUACAGAGACGGGUCAAUGAAAUCGAAGAUGAAAUCCAGGAAAUUGGGGGCCAGGGACGGGAACUCAAGACUCGUAUCUCUGAGAUCGAGGCCGCCUAUCGCCCGAUCUACGAUAAAAUAGAAGCAUUGAGAAAAGAUAAGAAUGAGCUGCAAAGAGCUGCAACCCAAUACGCAACACUCGGGGACAAAAUCGCGACCGAGAAGAGGAUGCUAGAAGAAAUGCAGAACGCGCUUGUUGAAUGCAGGGAGAGGAUAUUUGAGUAUAGCGCUCAAGAAGAUAGCGCUAUCGUCGAGAAGGCUAGAUGCGUUCUACAGUACAAGGAAACACUAACCCAGAUCCGAGAUGCCAACCAAGCCUUGCUAGAGGGGCGAAUUCGCUUCAUCGAAGCAGACUCGGAUGUGAAAGGACUGGAAGAGCACAACUUCAACAUCAAACAACAGCUUGACGAGGCAAAAGCAGACAUUCAGACAGUUAGAGCCGAAAUAGAGCGGCUUAAGAGCACUGCUAGCACCACUAAGCGUAGAGUAGAAGAAACCGUCGGCCCAGGCGGUGGUGAACGACUUCACUACUUGAACGGGCUCAUUGGGGACAAAUCUCCCGAGGAUGUCGAUAACGAUAUCAGUGCCGAGUCUACCAAACUUGAACUUAUUCACGGAGUUGACCCCAUGAUUAUGCGGCAAUACGAGAAGCGUGCACAGGAGAUUCAAACCCUGACUCAGAAGAAGAACGAGAUGAACGCUAAACUCGAAUCGUAUGCCCGGAAGAUGGGACAAAUACGAGAGCAAUGGGAACCUGCUCUCGAGGAAGUUGUCGGAAAGAUCAACGAUGCCUUCGGAUACAACUUCGAGCAGAUCAAUUGUGCGGGUGAGGUUGGUAUUCAUAAGGACGAGGACUUUGAACAGUGGGCUAUCGAGAUCAAAGUCAAGUUCCGCGAAAACGAAACCCUCCAACAACUCAACCAACACCGUCAAUCCGGUGGUGAGCGCGCCGUAUCCACUAUCUUUUACCUGAUGGCCCUGCAAUCGAUGGCACAAGCUCCCUUCCGCGUUGUCGACGAGAUUAAUCAGGGUAUGGAUCCGCGCAACGAGCGCAUGGUGCACGAACGCAUGGUCGAGAUCGCGUGUCGCGAGCACACGAGUCAAUACUUCCUGAUUACACCCAAGUUGCUUACGGGCCUACGAUACGACGAGCGCAUGCGUGUUCUGUGUAUUGUGUCCGGCGAGCAUAUGCCGCCUGCAGAAGAUGCGAGAAGACUAGAUUUCGGAAAUAUUGUUAAGAUCCAGAGAAGCCUGGCUAUAGCUUCGGCUGCAUAAGUGCGAGAGCUGAAGUUUCAGCUCUAGAAUGGUUAAGAUGACGAGGCGCAUCUACCUGCUGUUUUCGGUUCUGUGCCUUUUUCUGAUUUCUUUCGGGUCCGUAGCCCAUCAGUGUGUAUGUGUAUGAAUAGAGGCGCAAAUGACGUUCUAAGAGUUACGGAGGAUUGUAAUAGGGAACGCAUAGCCUAUAUGCUCAAGGAGUCUGGCCAAAGGAAAAGGAGCAAUAAAGGUCAUGGAACGGAUAUAGGGAUUACGGCAACUAGGCGUAGGAAGAGCAGGAUUGCGACUUGCUUUUAUGUACGAAUGAGUUCCACGAACGAAUUCUUCUUAAUUAUUUGUAGGAAAACUGGCGAUACAUGCUAUAGUACUAUAACACGACAAUUU